CACACACCCAGUGACCCACUCAGGACAGGGACACCGAAGCCAAGCGGCUGUGUGUUCUCCACUGAGCCUUUCUCCUAGGUUGGGCAGAAAGCAAAGGACCCAGGGACACUCAGCCCCAUUUCCGGGGUCAAAGCUAAGACUUGAGCAGGUCCCAGGAAGAUGGAGAAGCCGAUCCUCAUCAUUUUCCUGGCUGCAGCCUGCAGAAGUGUGAUAAGAGCCUCUGCAGAGGCACAGGGUUUCUCCCAGGGGCGCCCCCUCUCAGGGGUCCAGGAUGUUCACCCACGCUUUAAGAGAGACUGGAUUUGGAACCAAAUGCACAUCCAGGAGGAGAUGCCUGGCAAUCUCCCUCAUCAUGUGGGCAAGAUCACAUCAAGUGUGAACAGCAAAAAUGCCAGGUAUGUUCUCAAAGGGCCCGAGGCUGGCAAAGGCAAACUCUUUGGAGUCAGUGAACAGACUGGAGACGUGUAUGCUUUUGAGAGGCUGGACCGGGAGAAGAAAUCGGAAUAUUACCUCACUGCAUACAUUGUGGACAAAGAUACCAACGAGAACCUGGAGCCACCCUCCAACUUUACCAUCAAAGUUCAUGACGUGAAUGAUAACGCCCCCGUGUUUGCACAGAGAGUUCUCAAUGGCUCAGUGCCAGAGAUGUCAGCUGUUGGAACUUCAGUCACCAGAGUCACAGCUGUGGAUGCAGAUGACCCUACCGUGUUGGGCCAUGCCUCGGUUUCCUACAAUAUAGUUCAUGGCAGAGAGUAUUUCACCAUUGACAGUUCUGGCACCAUUUUUACGGCUGUAAAUAACCUGGAUCGAGAAACGCAGUCAAAGUAUGAGAUUGUGGUGGAAGCCAGAGAUGGUCCAGGGCUCCAAGGGGAGUCCAGCACAGCCACAGUGGUCAUCACUGUGAGUGACAUCAAUGACAACUUCCCAAUCUUCACUGAAACAAAUUACAGAUUUGUGGUUCCUGAAGAUAUCCGAGUGGGAAGCCCCCUGGGGUCCCUGACAGUCGAAGACCCUGAUGAGCCCCAGAACCGAAUGACCAAGUACAGCAUCGUCCAGGGAGAAUAUAGGGACACCUUCCUCAUUGAGCUCGAUGCUUCCAGGAAUCAAGGCAUCAUCAAGCCCAAGAAGCCCCUGGAUUACGAGCACAUCAAAGAAUAUAGCUUCACUAUCGAGGCAACGGACCCAACAAUUAACCUCCGAUACCUGAAAAAUGUCCCCUCAAAGAACCUAGCUGUUGUUCACAUUAAUGUCACUGAUGUGGAUGAGCCUCCAGUCUUCUCCCAACAUUUCUACCACUUCGUGCUGAUGGAAAACCAAAAGAAGUCCCCAAUUGGCUCAGUGUUAGCCAAGGACCCUGAUGCAGCUCAACGGAACAUUGAAUACUAUAUCCGGACAACCAGCGAUAGAGGACAAUUUUUCAGAAUCACCAAGCAGGGUUACAUCUCCAAUGUUAAGGAACUGGACCGUGAAAUCUACCCCUGGUAUAAUCUGACCGUUGAAGCCAAAGAGAUGGAUCCUCGUGGGAAAUUCACAGGCCAAGAAUCCAUUGUUCAGGUUCACAUUGAGAUCCUGGAUGAGAACGAUAAUGCCCCAGAGAUUGCACACCCCAAUGAUGCCAAAGUGUGUGAGAACGCUGCCCCUGGAACAUUAGUCACAAGGAUCUUGGCCACAGACAAGGAUGUAACACCACCGGAUGUGAAGUUUAAAUACUCCCUGAGUAAAGAGGACAGCAAUUUCACCCUGACAGAAAAUCGAGACAAUUCAGCCAACAUCACAGUGAAAUAUGGUCAGUUUGAUAGGGAGAGAGCCAAGGUUCACUACCUUCCCGUGAUCAUCGCCGACAAUGGGAAACCCAGCUUAACAGGCACCACCACCCUCGUCAUCACAGUCUGCAAAUGCAAUGAGCACGGGGAGCCCACGUUCUGUGAAGAGCCAGCCAUGCAGGUUGGAGUGAGCAUCCAGUUCCUUGUGACCAUCUUUCUGGUCAUCCUCACCGUUGUGGUGCUCGUUGUGCUAGUCCUCCUCCGCCGACGGUUGAAGAAACAGGACAGAGCCCAAGGCAAGAAUGUAGCAGAAAUUCAUGAGCAGCUGGUCACCUAUGAUGAGGAAGGAGGUGGGGAGAUGGAUACCAACAGCUAUGAUGUAUCUGUGCUCAACUCAGCCUGCAAGAGCGGCGGGAAGCCACCAGGAGGGAAGCCACCCAGGCCUGCCCUAGAUUCACGGCCUUCUCUCUAUGCUCAGAUCCAAAAACCUCCCAGGCCUGCUCACCCCCAGGCAGUAACAGGGGAGAUGGCUGUCAUGAUUGAGGUGAAGAAGGACGAGGCAGACCACGAUGGCGGUGGGCCCCCGUAUGACACACUCCACAUCUACGGCUAUGAAGGAGCCGAGUCCAUUGCGGAGUCACUCAGCAGCCUCGUCACAGACUCAUCAGAUUCGGACAUUGACUAUGACUUCUUAAAUGACUGGGGGCCCAGGUUCAAAAUGUUAGCCGAGCUAUAUGGCACUGAGCCUAGCCACGAGCUAAUAUAUUAAAGUCACCACUGACUGGGGGCUGUGAAGGACAGUGGUUGUCAAAAGCCAGCCACAACUGGCACAGAAGGCUGAAUUCUCAUACUAGGGAUCAACAAAACCCUUUUUGUUUGGAUCCCAGAAACCAGACCCUUUGCAGGAAAAUGUCCAAAUCCCCAAGGUCACCUGAGAGAAACUAUAAGGAUAGGCUUAGCCACUUUGUAAUUUCUUGCACAUAAUAGAUACUCAAUAAUGGAUUGUUGAAUUCACUUGAAUUUGGAAGAUGUAGAAAAAUAGCAGAGUAUAAUCAUACACCUCAUACUCCAUUUAUCCACACCUCUGGAGAGGCAGUGGGAUGUAAUGGAAAAAACCCUGGAUUUGGACCCAAGUUCAAAUUGUGCCUCUGCUAAUCACUACUCGUGAAUGUGAAAAAGUCACUUCUCUGGGCUUCAAUUUCCUCUUUUGUAAAAUGAAGUGGGUGGACUGGUUGUUGUCCUUCGGUGCUCAAAGAGGACCAAAAUGACAUCACUAUGUCAGGGUCAAGGUACAGCGUGUCCGAGUAUGGCCGAUCAGACCAAGACAAUCUCUAAGGUCUCUUCCAGCCCUGUAACCUAGGAUUAUGUGAAAAACAUGGCCAUUCUGACAAGGACGUCACCACCAUCUACCUGAUGGCAGAUACCAUGUGAGAGAGCAAAUUUCCCACUUCUAUAUGGUUUGCCUUGCCAACUAAGCAAGAGCUGACAGCUCGGUAACACACAGUGCUUUGGGAGAGAAGAUGUCUAAGGGAAGCCAAGUCAACGCAUUUGCUUUGCUUCAAAUUUGCUAGUAAAUCUCCGUAGGUUAUCCUUACUCCCUCUGAAUCAACAAUAUAAGAAGGACUUUCCCCCACACACCAUACCCAGUUCCUUAAAUCUGCUAACCACAGUGACCAUCUUCAGACUUUGGAGGCUAAAGUGGUUAAAAUUCUAAGGAGCUUCCUUAAUGAAUAGUAUCUUAUGGGUCAGUCUGGUUUGGGUUCCAUGUUUACAAAGAAGUAAACUUGGUGACCUGAGGCCUCUGGAUGUGAUCUAUCCAGCUAGCUAGGCUAUUUCCUUUCAGUGAAGCCCCAGAAGAUCUCACAAAUCUCUCUCUCUCUCUCUCUCUUCUCUCUCUCUCUCACACACACACACACACACACACACACACACACACACACACACAUUCUUAUCUCUUAGAAAUGCAUCCUUCAAUCAAGUAUGUAUUCACCCUUGUUCUCUUAGAUCCUCUUCCAAAUACACACACACACACACACACACACACACACACACACACGCACGCACGCACACAAUCUCAGAGUUGGAAGAGAUCUCAGAAAUCAUAUAUCCCAACCCCAUUCCUGCUACAACAUCCCAGAAAAGUGGUCAGAUGGUCUUUGCUCAAAGACCACCCCCAGGGAAGGAAAACUCACUACCUCCCAAAGCAACUCAUUCUAUUUUUGGAAAGCUCCAAGGGUUAAAAAGUUCUUAUACUGAGGUAAAAGCUGCCCCUGCAACUUCCACCUAAUUAUAAUCCUGCCUAAUUUUUCCUCAUUCUGCCCUCUGAAUCCAAACACACUAAUUCUUAUCCUUCAUCCUGGUAGUCCUUCAAACACUUGCAAACAGCUAGCUUGUGUUUUCCCUAAGGAAUAUGCCUAAAUUUUCUUUCCUGCAGACUGAUCAUCCCCCAGUACCUUCACCUAAUUCCUGUAAGGCAUGGCCCCUAAGCACCUCACCAACCUGAUCCCCCUCCCCUGACUAUGUUCUAAUUAGUCAUGUCAUGCCUCAAACUGGACACAAUACUCUGGUUGUGCGUUCUGAAUUUUCUGCCUCUGGAAUUAUGCCUAUGUAAUAGUCUACACAAUGCAGCACUGGGUCACAUUAGCUAUUGGGACUGCCACCUCACACUAUUGAUGUAUUCAACUUGGAGUUGACUAUACCCCAUCAAUAUCACAUCAUUCCCAGGACAAAGCCAGGCACAGCUCCCAACAUCACUCUACUAAACUUAGUACUGUGGCAUUGAAGUGUCCUCUGAACUCCUCUCCCAAGCUUUGUAAUACAGAUGAAUUUUUCCUCACAGACUGGAUGUCAGAGAUGGGAAAUGCCUCACCACAUAAAAGGGUUCAGGACCACCUUUUGUCUGUCUCCUAACUUGCAACCUUGAACAUUUAAAGGAUCUGUGAUUUUGUUCUCAUUGGUACUCCCCCACAAAACAAUGCACAUUGCAACCUCCCACAGUCUUUGAGAGUUGCUAUAGCUGAAAAGUUCGUUAACUUGUGCCCAACCUGGUGAGGUACCUUUCUGAAUUUAAGUAGUCUGGUCCUUAUACUACAGAUACACAGUCACAUGAUCAAUACUUCCUGUUUAGUAAGAAGCACAUAUUCCACUGACAAAACCUUUGUGAAUUCUGAGUCACCUGAACACUACAGCGAGACACCAGAAAAGGAAUUCAAACAGAGAUUGAAUCUUCAAAUGCUAUCUAAAUGGCAGCCACUAUCGUAUGUCCUUUCCCUUAGAAACACCACCUGACAAAAGUACACUUCAGUCCCCCUGAAGACCCAAAGGACCCAGCUCUGUUGCCUUGACCUUGAUCUGAACCCUUCAUACCUACCACCAGCAUUUGUUUUCCCCUUUGGAAAAGGGCCUGAAAGGGCCCUCUGUCCCUCUUUAUCUCAGGGCUAACUGGCUGUAAGGUAUCAAUUGCCUCCUCUUUUGGCUGGUAUCCCAAUCCAGUGCCCAAGUUCGUGCCAGCCCAACUAGGCCAUUCUUCUCAUGCAGAUCCAGUAAAGGAACAAAGAAAAACUUGCCCAGACCUGACUCAUAUCCCAUCAGGAACCACCUGUAGUAAUCCAAAAUUCAAACAUUCUUUGGCAAAUAUGUAUCAAAAAGUUCACCGUUCACACAGCCAGAAGAAAUAUACUGACAAUCCUGGUAGUCUCACUUUCUAAUCUAUGCAGCAAUGUCUUAAACCUGUUUGGGGUGCUUUCACUCUGUGACAAAAUGUAGAUAACACUGAAAUAUUUCCUUAACCCCUCACUAGUUGGUGUUUUUUUCUACAUAAAAGUAUUUUACUAAUAAUACUGACAGACAUAUAUAUAGCUCAAAAUAUUGGUUCAUAAUUAGCUGUGUGUUAGUCAAAUUAACUUAAUAUUAAUUCAGUUUAUGUUAGUUGGAUAAAGUUUCGUAAAACCUUUCUUUCCCCACCCCAUCCCUCUUAGUAUAGUAAUUGUUUUCUGGAGUUAUUAACUGUACAUUGACCAAAUUACUGCACUGAACGUACUGUAUUUUUAUAUUUGGGGUUUUUACUUAAAUAAAAGAAAUUCUUGAGGCUGUU